CCGUUGCAUUGCUAACCUCUCUUUAUUUUUACCCAAUCGAAACUCUCAGUGUAGUAUUCCUCGCUAAAUGGACGAGUCAACAUUGAAACUCAUCUCCGGAAUCGGCACCAAACUCACCCAACUCUCUCGCCCUAACAAAGAUGUCCUCAUCAAAUCUCUUCGUCAAGCUGUGAGUGCAUUGUCACAAAUAGAGCAGCCUUCAGUGAAUGAAGCUUCCGCAAAGGCGCUAGUGUUGGGAAAAUUAAAAGCAGCCACGGAGCCUUUGAGGAAUUCUAUUGUUAAGCACGGUCUAUUUAACCAUACCGAUAAAGAUGUUAGACUUUUGGUGGCCAGUUGUGUUGGUGAAUUUUUUCGGAUCCUGGCACCUCAACCACCUUUUGCAGAUAAAUAUCUCAGGGACGUUUUUAAACUCAUUCUCAGCGUGUUCAUGGAGCUUGCUGAUUCUACAAAUGCAUUCUUCUCGAGGAGGGUUAAAAUAUUGGAGACUGUUGCUCGAUGCAAAUGUUGUGUGAUAAUGCUGGAUAUUGAUUGCAAUGAUUUGAUCCUUGAAAUGUUUAAUAUUUUUUUCUCAGUUGUGAGAGAUCACCAUCAACAGAGUUUAAUCAAUAAUAUUCUGUCUAUAAUGAGUGACAUUCUAAACGAGGAAGUAUCCCCCCAGCUUAUGGAUGUAAUUUUGGGAAAUCUCAUACAGGAAUGUAAGGAUACAACUUCUGCAGCUUCUCAGCUUGCUGCCUCUAUUAUCCAAAGUUGUGCAGAAAAGCUUCAGCCCUACAUUUGUGGAUUUUUAACAUCUUGCUCCUUGGAUAGAGAUUCUGUAGGUAGUGAGCUCAAAGAAUCGUAUCAUGAAAUUGUGUUAAAAAUCUUUCAGUGUGCUCCUGAGAUGCUAAAUGCUAUCAUCCCCAGUAUGACCCAAGAAUUAAUGACUGAUCAGGUUGAUGCAAGAAUAAAGGCUGUUAAUUUAAUUGGAAAACUUAUUUUAUGUCCCGAAUACCGUGUUGCACAAAGAUAUCAUGUUCUUUUUGUAGAGUUUUUGAAAAGAUUUGCUGAUAAAUCUUCAGAAGUUAGAGUUGCUGCUCUACAAUGUGCUAAAGCUUGUUGCUUGGCCAAUCCCUCAGGGAUAGAAUCUCUUGAACUUCACACUUCUGUUAAAGAUCGACUGCUGGAUUUUGAUGAUAAAGUGAGAAUGCAGGCAGUGAUUGUUGCCUGUGAUAUUGUUAGGUCUAACCUUAAAUAUACUUCACCUGAAUUCAUAUCUGAGUUUACAGAGAGACUUAGGGAUAAGAAGAUUUCCGUUAGAAAGAAAGCCUUGCAGAAAGUGAUGGAACUAUAUCGAGAUUAUUGUGACAAGUGUGCAGAAGGGCAUAUUACAAUAUGUGAUCAUUUUGAGCAGAUUCCUUGCAAAGUCUUGAUGCUUUGCUACAAUAAAGAUUGCAAAGAAUUUAGGUCCCAAAACAUCGAACUUGUUAUUGCGGAGGAGUUAUUUCCUACUCUUCUUCCAGUUGAAGAGAAGACAAGACACUGGAUCCAUUUGUUUUCUCUUUUCAGCCCUUCUCAUGUGAAGGCUCUCACUGCUAUUUUAUCUCAGAAAAGAAGGGUGCAAACUGAAAUGCGGAAUUUUUUGGCCUUACGAAGGAAAGAGAAGGAGAUUAGUUCAGAGGAUAUGCAGAAGUUGAGAAGUUCUUUCGUAAAAAUGUCGGCUUCAUUUCCUGAUCCAUCCAAAGCUGAAGAGUGCUUUGACAAGUUGAAUCAAAUGAAGGACAACAAAAUUUUCUCUUCACUCAAUCUGUUGUUGGAUGAUGCGACACUUGAAAGUGCCCUGGAGAAAAGAGAUAAAUUCCUUAAGGUGAUUGGGAAUAAACAUCCACACUUUGAGUUUUUGCAGUUGCUCUCCUCAAAGUGCUUGUUUAAUAUAUUUGACUCGGAGCAUGUCCGUUGCAUUCUCAAUCUUGUUUCCAGUAGUGGGUUGGAAAGCAAUCAUUUGGAAGCCUUUUCAAUAGAACUACUUUUGGUUAUCAUCAGCAAUUUCCCAUCACUCAUUAGGGGUUCAGAACUUCAGUUCCCCCUGUUGUUUAAAGAGAAGUAUCUGAUUCAUGAUAAGAUCAUUCUAGUUUUAGCGAAAGCAGGGCCUUAUAUCUCUGUUAAAUUCAGUGACUUUGACUCUGUUUUGAAAAAGAUCUGUCUUGAGGGAACUCGCACUCAGUCGAAAUAUGCUGUUUCUGCUAUUGCUUCACUUAUAGAUGUAUCUGAGCAAUAUGUUUUCUCAGAGUUAUGUAAGGGACUUGUGGAUUCUUUACAUCGUGGGCAGAGUACUGCAACGGUUUUGCAGUCAUUGGGCUGUAUUGCCCAAUAUUCUGUUUCAGCUUUUGAAGAUCAUGAUAGAGAAAUCACAGAAUAUGUGUAUGAAAAGAUUUUUCAGGCAAAAUCAUUGGAUAAUCCUUCAGUCAUUGAGGAUAGCUCUGGGUGUACUACUUGCAAACUAAAGAUUUAUGGGCUUAAGAUGCUUGUCAAGAGUUUUUUGCCCCAUCGAGGGUGUCAUAUCAAUAGACAAAUUAAGUCAUUGUUGGACAUUUUGUUGAAGAUGCUUCAGAAGGAGGAUGUGGUUGAUGAUAUCAUCUCAUGUGUAGAUGACAGGGAUUAUAUAAGACUGGCUGCUGCAAAAUCUGUUCUCCAGCUUUCUAGAAGAUGGGACCUACAUAUUUCUCCAGAUAUUUUUCGCUUCACAAUUUUGAUGGGAAAGGAUUCUUCUUCUUCUGUCAGGAUAUCAUUUCUUGAUAAAUUACACAAGCUGUUGAAGGAACGAGUUAUACCUAUAAGAUAUGCUUGUGCUUUUAUGCUGGCUACCGCUGAUGGCUUCAAGGAUCUACAGCAUUCAUUCAAAUAUAUGGAGUUUAUCAAGGAAUAUGGUAGAGAAGCUCGAAUACACCAAACAUCUAUUGUGCAGGAAGGGUCAAUUAUGGUCUACCCAGCAUACUUGGUGGUAUUCUUGAUCCAUGUGCUUGCGCAUGAUGAAGACUUCCCACCUGAAGGUUGUCAGGAUGAAGCAUUAUAUGCUCAAUUUUGCAGUCCACUUCUUUUGUUCUUACACACAUUAAUCAACUCUAAUAACAUUGAUGAAGAUAUGAAUCUUAUCAACGAUGCUGCUUUCAAUUUGUAUUAUAUAUUUCAAGCUAUUAAAAGAGCGAAGGAUGCUGAUGAUGCUCUGAGAACUCCUAGGCUGCACUUUCUAGCCAAUGUUGGAAUUUCUGGUGUAAAUUCAUUUUAUCAGAAAGGCAUCUCCUCUUUACCCAGACCAGGAAAGAUCUUGCUUCCAUCAUCAUUGUAUAAAAUAAAUCAUAUGGAAAAUGAAGAGGCUAAUUUGAGUUUUCUUACUCAAACUUUUGUUGCGAGGGUCAUUCACAUUUUCAAGUCUCAAAUCUCUCUGCCAGUUGGAUCUGUUCAUAAACGUGGUCGGAAGUGUCACGAGAAUGAUAUUUUUAACAUGCUAUCACAUAAGCGUGAAGAUUUUUCAACUCGUGGGGCACUUGUGCAUAAAAAACCUACAAGGCAGGAUAUCAGUCUGGGACAUAGGCGAAUACGUGCUGUUUCUCCAAAUGCAUUGGGAUCUGUUAGAUCACACAAUAAGGAGCAGGAAUGUGGUGCAUCUAACAGUUCUGAGUCAGCUUUAGAAAAAGGGAAGCCCUUUUCUUCUUCCAAUUCUUUCACUCAGAAAGCUUCUCAGAUGGAACCAGAAGUUCCAACUCAGAAAGUUGAAGGAUGUAGUGCCUCGGAGGGAAAUGUUGGUGCAGAUAAAAGCAACACUGCUGAAGCCUCCAAUAGUCACAAGGAAAUGGGUACCGGAAAUAAGGCAUUAGUUGGACAGCGGAUCAAAGUAUGGUCUACCUAUGAUAACUGUUUCUAUACGGGCACCGUUGAUGACUUUAAUCCAGUAAACAACACACACAAGAUCAUGUGUGAUAGUGGGGAAGUUGAUAUAUUAUGCUUGGACAGUGAGAGCUGGGAGACGAUAAGUGACUGUUCCUUGACGGAUAGGGAGAUUCAACCAUCAGAUAAGCCAAACGCCUUGCAUUUGCGGCAAUGUGUCAAAGAGACAGCUGUUAAGCUGAUAAAUGAUUCCAGGCAACAGUCAAAGACAAAGUUAAAUAUGGAGGACAGUAAGGUUCAUUGCAGAGAAAAGAGAAAGAAGGAAGAGAGAUCAUCCAGAAAUUCAUCAGUAUCAGAAGUUAUCAAUAUAGACGAAGAUCGUGUUGCAAGAACUCGGAGACGAAAAGCGUAAAGUGAGAUGGUAAAUGUCAAAUGCAAUGGCCACUGAUUUUACUCGUGCCUGCUGUAAUCCCUUUCUACCGAUUGCUUUGCUCUUUCUUUUUUAAAUAUAGUGUGGGUGUAUCUAUUAUCAGUAAAUAUGGUACAUAAUAUCACCACUAGUAAUUAUCCUUUCUGUUUUAAAGGU